GUCCUAGUCUCAUUGUCCCAGUCCCAGUCUCAGUGUGCCGGUCUCAGUCGUCAGUGGCCGUCCAGUAGCAGUGAAGAAAAAGGAAAGUGGCCCGUGCACUCCACAAGAUUUUUCAAUCGUUGGCUCCUUCUUAAAAACCAGAGAGGCACCCAACCCUUUGGCCUCGCCUUCACUCUUACACCCAAACCAAAUACAUCACAACAAAUCAACCACACACAUACAAACCUACUUAGAUACCCCCCUUGGAUUCUUUAUAUAAAGGAUCCGGUAUCUUUGUUUUUUUCACCUUUACAACUCACGAACAUCCCACUUUAGCGACGGUAUCCAGAGGAUCACCUUCGCUAUCAACCCCACUACGAACCUUUUCCAAGACUACAGAGCAGCGCCUGUAGUCGCAACUUCUUCUUAGCACAAUCAUGGCUGACAAGGGUCUUGAGGAUGUGCCUGAGGGCCAGAUCGAGUCCAACUACGAUGAGACCACCGACUCCUUCGAUGCGAUGAACCUCAAGUCGGAGCUCCUUCGCGGAGUUUACGCCUACGGUUUCGAGCGUCCCUCCGCCAUCCAGCAGCGCGCCAUCAUGCCCGUCAUCAAGGGCCACGAUGUCAUUGCGCAGGCUCAGUCCGGUACCGGUAAAACGGCUACCUUCUCCAUCUCCGUCCUCCAGAAGCUCGACCCCAACAUCAAGGCUUGCCAGGCUCUCAUCCUCGCCCCCACCCGCGAGCUUGCCCAGCAGAUCCAGAAGGUCGUUGUCGCCAUCGGUGACUUCAUGAACGUUGAGUGCCACGCCUGCAUUGGCGGUACCAGCGUCCGUGAUGACAUGAAGGCUCUUCAGGAGGGUCCCCAGGUCGUCGUCGGCACUCCCGGACGUGUCCAGGACAUGAUCCAGCGCCGCGUCUUGAAGACCGACAGCAUGAAGAUGUUUGUCCUCGACGAGGCCGACGAGAUGUUGUCCCGUGGUUUCACGGAGCAGAUCUACGACAUCUUCCAGCUCCUCCCCCAGUCCACCCAGGUCGUCCUCCUUUCCGCCACCAUGCCCCAGGACGUCCUCGAGGUCACCACCAAGUUCAUGCGUGACCCCGUCCGCAUUCUCGUCAAGAAGGACGAGCUCACCCUUGAAGGUAUCAAGCAGUUCUACAUUGCCGUCGAGAAGGAGGACUGGAAGUUGGACACCCUCUCCGAUCUUUACGAGACCGUCACCAUCACCCAAGCCGUCAUCUUCUGCAACACCAGGAGAAAGGUCGACUGGCUCACCGACAAGCUCACUGCCCGUGAUUUCACCGUCUCUGCCAUGCACGGUGACAUGGACCAGGCCCAGCGUGACGUUAUCAUGAAGGAGUUCCGUUCCGGCUCUUCCCGUGUCUUGAUCGCCACCGAUCUCCUUGCCCGUGGUAUCGACGUCCAGCAGGUCUCUUUGGUCAUCAACUACGACCUCCCCGCCAACCGCGAGAACUACAUCCACCGUAUCGGUCGUGGCGGUCGUUUCGGACGUAAGGGUGUUGCCAUCAACUUCGUCACUGCUGACGAUGUCCGCAUGAUGCGUGAGAUCGAGCAGUUCUACAGCACCCAGAUCGAGGAGAUGCCCAUGAACGUGGCUGAUCUCAUCUAAAAAGUGGUCUCUUUGUUUGCAACUUUGCCUCUGACCGUAGCCGCUGGGGCUUUUUCUUGGGUUAGAAGCUGAAGUUUACCUAAUUCCAUGCGCCUCUGCUAGACCAGACGACGCUACAUCCUUCCAUUAUCCGUCCAAAAGCAGCUUGAGGUGAAACGUGGUGGGUAGGCAAAACAUUCGUGGCAUCUCGGCGUUUGUCAAUUUCUAUGUGCAAAGUGGUUUCUGUUCCAAAAGAAAGUUUUAUGCAGUGAUAGAUUUGCGCCGGGGGAUGCGUCGUGGCAGAUUCCCUAUAUUUUCCCAAAUCAACGUCUUCCUUAUUUCCUUUCAUGCUCUUUUCAUCUUUCCUUACCCAAAGUCGCUCACCACCGGCUACUUUCCAACACUUUUUUCGGCGGGGGUUUUCGUUUGGUUAUCGACGGGUAUAUGUCUCAUGGGAAUGAAGAUGGAACACACCCCCCUCGCUCCAAUGGGUGACGUAUGUCUGGGAUGACGAUAAUGA